GAUUUCUCUAUGCCACAGACGCCAAAUGUCGCCAUCGAUCAAUGACAUUUUGUAAAGUUGAAUUUAUUGAUAUAAAGCGUUAAUGUAAAUAAUAAACAAUUUAAUCAUAAACGUCGACUUCCAGUCGAUAUGUAUGCCAAGGGCAAAGGCUCUACGGUGCCUUCGGACGCUCAGGCUCGCGAAAAGUUGGCCCUCUAUGUGUAUGAGUACUUGCUUCAUGUUGGGGCUCAGAAGGCGGCGCAGACGUUUCUCUCAGAAAUACGAUGGGAGAAGAACAUAACGCUCGGGGAGCCGCCGGGGUUCCUGCAUUCGUGGUGGUGCGUGUUCUGGGACCUGUAUUGCGCGGCGCCGGAGCGCCGGGACACUUGCGAACACUCCUCUGAGGCUAAGGCCUUCCACGACUACGGCUUCGUUAAUUCUGGCUACGGAGUGAACGGGAUUGGACACAAUGCCGGUCCGGCACCUCCUAAUGACGGCAUGGGUGGCGGAGGCAUGCCACCAGGCUUCUUCCCAAACUCUUCACUCCGGCCAUCACCGCCCGCACCUCACCCCGGCUCGCAACCGUCUCCGCACGGCCCGCAGCCGCAGCUCAUGGGCUCGCAGCCCUUCAUCGGACCUUGGUACUCCAGCGGACCUCGCCAGCCUGUUAGGAUGGGGAUGGGAAACGAUUUUAACGGGCCGCCAGGAGGUGGCAUGAUGGGCAACUCGAUGGAGCGCGGCGGCGGCGGCGCAGCGGCGCUGCUGGGGCCGCGCAUGACGCCGCCGCGGCCCGGCUGCGGGCCCAUGUCCCCCGGCGCCUACUCCGGCAUGCGCGGCCCCCCGCCGCAGGGACCAGGUAUGCCACCAAUGGGUAUGGGUCCCCGCGGCGCCUGGGCGGGCGGCAGCGGCGGCGGCGCGGCGCCGCUCAACUACAGCGGCGGCUCGCCCGGCUACGGCGCGCCGCCCGGCUCCAACGGCCCGCCCGGCCCGCCCACGCCCAUCAUGCCCAGCCCGCAGGACUCCUCCAACUCAGGGGGCGACAACAUGUAUACACUGAUGAAACCGGUCGGCGCAGCGCUCGGGGCGGAGUUCCCGCUGGCGGGCGAGCACCCCGCGCCCCCGCACUUACCACAACCUCCGGCUACUGAAGGCCUCGGCGGCGUCGAUGGCAUGAAAUCGUCUCCAGGCGGCGUGGGCGGCGGCCCCGGGACUCCGCGCGAGGACUCCGGCUCCGGUAUGGGGGACUACAACUUAAGUUUCGGAGGGCCAGGCGGUGACCAGAACGACCAGACAGAGUCCGCCGCCAUCUUGAAAAUCAAAGAGAGCAUGCAGGAGGAAGCCAAGCGGUUCGAAAAGGAUCCUGACCAUCCGGACUAUUUCAUGCAGUGAAUUUGUUAACGGGCCGCCAACUUGCCAAAAUUCGGUAUCAAUUUCGGUUUCGGCUAGCGGGGUGUGGGACAGCACUAUUCAAGGUCAUUAUGUAUUAAUUUCUCGGUAUCGGUUUUGGCUAAAGCAGUAUGGUACAACACUCAAGGUUUACUUUCCAAUUUAAUAGAGUAAAGAGAUGAAUUCGCUUGCCUCCUAAAGCAAAAAAAAAAGUCAAAUCAAAACAUAAAGAAUAAAGUGUUGCAUUUCGUUCGUUUAUUUUAGCAUUAGAAAAAACAUAAACAAUCUUGACAUGUAUUUUUAUUGAAAAACGCUUUUUAAAAAUCAGUAACUAUUACUUAUGAAAGCAAAAUAAUGUAAUCGUAUAUGAUUUAUAAUUGUUACAUAUUUGCUGUGAUUUAUUAUUCAAAAGUAUCUUUCAAUAAAAAGACAUUAAAAUCGCUUACCAUCUUUCUAAUUCUAAAAAACGGACAGGUGUGAUAAGGAAUAGGAGUCGAGCCCAUGAAACGCAUUGAAUUGAAUUUAAAACCAUUUUGUAAGACAGCCUUAAUAAGAAGAAAAUAAAAGGUUUAUCAAGCAGUCUGCAAAAAAUAUUAUACAUUUCGAAUUAAAAGAAAAAAAAUGAUAAAAAUAAGGAAUAUUGCAACGUUUCAGGCAAGAAUCGAACUAGCGACCUUUUAGAACAUCGCUCUUAAUUCUUAAAUAUGUAUACCAGGUUUAUUUUAAUAAAUGAAUUAAUAAUAGAUAAAAGUUUCGUCAGACACAUUUGCAACAAUGUAAUAAAAGUCCCAGAACUUCCUGACCCCAAUUUGACAAAUUUAUAUUUGUAUGAUCUCAAAUUUAUCCUAAAUGGUGGGUUGGCGCGAUAUCGUUUAACUCGAUCUGAUAAAUGCGGUUUUGUGUAAUAGCUUCGUCAAGCUACAUUGCUGGUUUAUUUAUUUUAAUUUAUCCCUUCACUGUUCUCGGGUCUUAGUCGGGUAAUCGCAGUAUUUCAAUGCAAUGAGUUAAUUUAUUUCGAAUCAAAUUUUUUAAAUUAUAUUAGUUAAAUUGUACAACUGAAGGGGCAUUCCAGAAAAGGGUACGUGGCUUUUUUUUAUAAACCUAAAAAGCCGGUAUUUAGCAAUAGGGUAAAUCAACUUUUAAAACACUGAUUUCGUGUCCCUAGAAUCCCUGGCAAAGAUAAAUCGAUUUUUCAAAACUCAUGUUGAUUUUAUCACUUUUUGAUUUACACGGGCAUUAUUAGAUCCAUAAGUAUUUAAUUAACAUAUUAAAAUUAACAACUUCAUCAGAUAAAAGUUACAUUUUGUACGGCAACGCAGUAGAAAAUAAGUUUGCUCCCAUACAAAAAUCACAUUUUUGUAAUCAUAAUUUUAAUGUGUUAAUUAAUAAUAAUGUAAUCAUAAAUGUCUAUGUUAUAGUUUGCGUAUUCAUACUACGGGUUUUCUACUUUUUAUUUUAUUUUAUUACUAUUUAUUGCUGCCGUUCUACUUUUAUGUGUAUGCAAAAUUCUCAUAUUGCUGCUUUUCAUAUUGAUUAGUCUUUCGCCUGUUAAUGUUCGUUCCUUUCGCAUUUUCUCGAAGGUUGACCUGGAAGAGAUCCCUUUUAGGGAUAAGUUCGCCUUUGUACAUAACAUUUUUUUUUGUCUGUUUUAUGUUAACCUGUUUAUGUGAAUAAAGUGACAUACAGGGUGGACAAAUAAGAAUGAUACACUUUGUUUUUAAAUUUUAAUUACAUUAAGUGGAAAUUUUAUUCAAUAUUUUUUCAUAAAUAUAUUAUUCAGGGUUGGCAAUUGUAUACGGAAGAUAAUUUCUGCCAAAUGCCUACCACUAGCAGCAAGCAAUUUUAUCUCAAAUGUUUCUGUUGUUUAAAACACGAUGUUUGCUCGAUUAAUUUUGAAAAAAAGUGACAGUGAUUGGCACCCAAAUUCUCCAAAUUUUGUAGCUCUAGACUUAUUUCUGUGGGGCUAUCUAAAAUUACGUGUCUAUGCUAACGAGCUGAUGAAAUUUAAACAGUUAAAACCGACUAUUCGACACAAAUGUACUAAGAUAAUGCCAAAAAUGUGCGAAUAGAUGCUGAACAUUGGGAUGAUAAGGGCUUACAUUUGCCUGCUGUUAGAGGUGGACAUAUGUCAGACAUUAUGUUUCGCAUGAAUUUGCCAACCCUGAAGAAUAUAUUUUUAAAACAAUACCUAAUAAUUUUUGAACUUAAUACAGUUAAAAUUUAAAAACAAAAUGUAUACUUCUUAUUUGGCCACCCUGUACAUAAUUAAAAACUUAUGGGUCUAAUAAUGCCUGUCUAAACAAAAACAAAGUAAAAAAUCGACACGGUUUUUGAAAAAUCGAUUUUUCUUGCUAGGGAGUCUAGGGCCACGAAAUCAGUGUUCUAAAAGUUGACUCACCUAAUAAUGUUUUGUGACUUAGCUUUCAAUUCAAAGGUAUUUAAUGCAAUUUUCUGCAGAUUAUUAAGAUCGCUGCCAUACGCAUCAUGCCCCCGGCAAAGAAGUCCUUUUUGUGGAAUGCCUCAAUAUGUUUAAAAACUAGUUUCGGCUUUUGUUUCGGCUAAACCUCUAUCUUAUCAGAUUUUUAUCAAUUUAUGUAUAUGAAGGUGGUCUUUUAAUAAAUUUACUGUGGAAAUAGUGUUAUACCCGAAAUUCGUUAGGAAAUGGUUCGUGUAUUAACAACAUUUAGUUUCUUUUUAUUUCGAAUAACAGUAUGUAAUUUAUGUAUGUAUUGAUUUUACAUAGGUAUUUUUAUCUGUGACGUGAUUUCAAGUAUUCUCAUAUUUGAAGUUGAUUUUAAUAAUUUUCUCUUCAUUUGUAGCAGGAUUAUAAUGUGUUAAAACGAUUUAUGUAUAUUGAUGCAGCUAAGAUAAUACAGAAACUAGUUAUAGAAAAAAACUUAUAAAGGGCUCGUCUAUGUAUCGAUGUACAUAACUGAAAACUUUCGUCAACUUGUUUAUGGCCAGUGUUAUUUAAAGUUGUAUAUAACCCGUUUUUGAUAGAUUUGUGAAUUUAUAUGUCAUUUCUACGCAGAAUCUGGAGCUGUUUCGCACCUAAUAAGAGAAAAAAGUGUCUCAAAGUUUCCAUACAUUUUCGUUCCUUCCAUUUCGUUACCAUCAUUCAAAAUGGAAAUAAAAAUCUUGGGGCACUUUUUUCGGUUAUUAAAAUAAAAAAACUUGAUUCUGAGUAAAAAUAACAAAUCUAAAAAGUGUAAUGUGCAUCUUUGAAUAAAAUAGCCCUUAUACGUACUUGCUACUUCUAAAUAGACCAAGGCCACUUAUAAAGUUUUUAGGCUAUUGCUAAAUUAAAGAUUGCAGCUUAUUUUUUAUCCAACAAAACAAAUAUGUUAAUUUUCUAUUAAUGUACCAUUAUCUGUAAUGAUCUCAACAGAAAAGCGUUAAAAAUAUUUUCAACGUGAUUUUUGUUGGAUUUGGACACCCACUUCUGGUUUAUUAGGUAAUAUGUUUUACACUGUUUAAGUCUGCUACAAUGGAAGUAUCCUUGAAAGCGCACUGAUGUUAGAUUUGUGUGUUCCGAUAACAUUUUUUAACUAUACAUCUUCCACGUUUUAAAUAAAUUAUUUAGAGUAUUUCGUUUUAAGCUCUUAAUGUUCCUAGAUUUGUAUUUUUUAUUUUGUAAGUUCACAACACAACGCGGUUUCAGCCGCGAGUUUUAUGAAUUAGGAAAAAUGCGCAAAUUAAAUAAACAUCUUUAAUAAUAGGAAGUCAACACUGAAAACAAAACGUGAUUUUAUUUUAAAAGGUUCCAUUUUAAUCGCGUAUUGCGUCGAUAUUAAAUUAGAAACAAUACUUCUUAAACUUUUAUAAAGUGCACAUUUUUAACGUUGUUCUAAUUCACACUUAAAUACCGUACCGUAAUACCGUAAAACCACCCAACUAUAGUCCAAAGCUCCCAACUAUGGUCCACAAAUAAACUCAAUUUUUCUCGUUCAGGUGUGUAUUUUACUAUAUUUUUGUAGUUCUAAGGCAAAGUAUGUUUAUAAACGGAAGGUAAAAUUAGGAGUAAACCAAAAGGAACAUCGGUAUAGAUACUUAAUUUCCUUUUGAACUUGUGGACCAUAGUUGCAGUAUUGGACUAUAGUUGGGUGGUUUUACGGUACCAAGUUUUUAUAAUAUCAAUGUCUUUUGUUUCUGUAUGCGCAUUUUUUCUCAUUCCUCAUAUCAGCUGGUUGAAUUCCGGAAUACGGUUUCUGAAAAACGGUUUCGGCGAAAUAAUUUUCGGCAAAAAUUCAGCGUCAAUGAGAGCUUACAAAAGGUUCUAUUUACCUUACAAAGACGCGUAUUUUCCGAAAAUUGUUUUCGUAUUUCGGAUCUGCAUUUAUUCUUAUAUGAAAAUAUGGAUUGUGGAAGCUAUUCCCACGGCUUAUUGUAUUUGGGAGCGUUGUCGAAAAUUGAACAACUCACUUAUAUCCUUUUUAAUUAAUGCUAAACGAGUUAAAUAUACAGACUGGUACGUAUAACGACGCUAAAAUGUAUUAUUAAUUAAAGGGUUUUCAAAUUUUUAUAUAAUUAUACCGCUCGGCAGCAAAUUAUUUUCGCCUUACGCGCUGUUGAUUAAGCCUCGCGCAUCGCUUACUGUUCAAAUCAGCGUUCAACGUGUUGAACUAUUUUUUUAUUUUAUUUGCUAGAGUAUUUUGAUGAAAUUGCUGAAAAAAAUGUGACAUUAGAUUUUCGGCGAUUUGAAUUCGGCCAUAGAAUUCAAACUAUAAAUAAACGUUGUAUGCUUUUCGACAAUGCCUUCAGCGUGGAGAUUUUUAUACGAGAUAGCGUGGCGGAUUUUUUCUGGUAUCAUGUGUAGAAUAGGGUUUUUUUCUCGGGGUGUAUGGAAAUCUGUAUAAAUUAGAUUAUUUCUUAGAGAUUCGGCGAGGUAGGCGUUAAGUUAGGAGCGUCGGCUCUGUCCAUAGUUUGAGCAAGUUUGGGUUCCUUUAGUGAAACCAAAAAAUGAUAAUCAUAAUACCGGUAUCGGUUUUGAAUCUCGACUGAAUGCGGACAUCACUUUUUUUUUAAAUAAUGUAAAUAAUAUCAAUUUGAAUAUGGCGUAAGUAUAUUGAAGUUUUUUUUUAUAAAACUAUAUGUGUCAAGAGAAAGUAAUAUAUCAAGUUUUUAGCAAAAUUUACACUAAACGGACCCAAAAAUUGUAAAAUAAAUGCAGCGUUAAAAAAAAAUAGUUUGUAAGAAAUUAGGUGUUAACUUAAAAAAAAAUAGAUUUCGACAAUGCAAUUGAAUAAUCUGCAAGUUUUUAAAAAUAAUUUAAUUGGAUUUUUUUUAAUUUAAUCUUUUUAAAAUACGUGUAGUGUGAGGUUGUAUGUUGUUUUAAGGUAUAUUAUUUCCUUCAUUUUUGUGUUAGGCAAAUGAAUUAUUUUUUUUUCUAAUCGAUGUAAUGUUUAUAUACUUAAAUAAAUAGUUAUUAUAUAUUA